AUGGCUGUUCUGAUACUUUUCCUGCUCAUAUCAUUAACCUACAUAUUGACCAUCCAUGCCUGCCCAAAAUGUGGCAGCAUGGAUGUUCCAUACCCCCUCAGCACCAACAACAACUGUGGAAACCGUAAUUAUAGUGUCUACUGCAACAAUGGCACUUUGGAGUUCUUAUCAGCUGCAGGAUUUUACUACCAAAUUCUCAGCAUUAACCCAAGUGCUUAUAAGCUCAUUAUACGCCCACCCGCAAUUCAAAAAAGCACUUGCCAGUCCUCUGAUCUGGCUUUGGGUGGCUUAAGGCUCGACGAAAACUCUCCCUUCAACAUAUCUUCCCACAACACUGUCAUGUUACUGAACUGUUCCGAAACUAUUCUGUUAUCGCCAUUAAACUGCUCUUCAAACAGCCUCUGUAGGCAGUUUGAGGAGAAGGUUGAAGGGGGAAGUAGUUGUAGAGAUGCACUUUGCUGUACUUACUUGAAAGAUGCAUCAAUGACUUCACAUAGAAUUAGGGUUAGAGUUGGAGGGUGCACUGCUUAUACUUCUGUGGUGUAUCUAAAGCCAGGAGACUCCAUUGAUUCAUGGCAUUAUGGCAUUGAGCUGCAAUGGCUGCCGCCUAACUGA